AUGCAAUUCAACCGGUCAUGGCUUUUGGUGAGUGCGGUCUUCAUGGCCAGCUGCGUAAUGGGUCUUCAAUGUUCAUCAGAUCGGAAACUGAAAAAGUAUCAAAUGGAAAAGCCUAUCCAUCUCAAGGGUAAGGAGAUUAGUACACCACCAAGUACUUAUAGAAUGGAAUACUACAUAAAUAUCUGUGAAUUGGAGGCAGAAGGAAAGCCGGCAGAAUGCGAUGCUGAUGACGUGAUAUGUUCUUUGCAAUGGGUCACUCUACCUGAUAGAGAGGAACCAGAAUUGUUAAGAGCUAUUCAUGUGAAAAAUGAUAACUUUGAUGGUGUUUGGAAUUCGAACGGUUACCUAUCUAUUCAAUUCGAUGGUAUCAAGUGGGGUGAUGGAAAAGAUAUAUAUUGGUAUCUCGACUUCACCUGUGAUCUGGAGAUGGAAGAAGACGAGAUCUCUAGUAACGCGGAUUUCGGCUUCUAUGGCAGUAAUUACUUAAAUAUUGAGGGCCCUUCCGGCUGUGUCAAGAAACAGUAUGACAAUGGCCACAAUAAUGACCCUCAUUACUAUCGAAGGGAUGGACACUCAUGGGUUUUCUGGCCGAUCAUAUACAUUAUUCUGUUCGCUGCGAUAUAUUUCAUUAUGAGGCUAUACCUUAAUAGAAGUGGAAGCACGUUUGGGGAGUUCUGCAUAGAGUCUGUGGAGCGUUUUAAAACGAUCGUUGUAUCUCUGGCGUCAUUUAUUCAAGAAAUAUUGACAAAAGCAUUCAAUAGAAGUUCUUCCCAAAGCGGUGGAUAUAGUGCUGUCUAA